AAGCUAUAGCAGUGCGGGGUGACAAACACAUUCGUGAGUAAAUUCCGUGGUUCUUUACGACUGCGAAAAUACACUUUAUUAUUCAAUUGGACUAUUCUAUACGAGAAUUCUCGUACAUGUAAUGUCACCCGCGACUGACGGCGUAAGACUCGAGCUUCCGGUCUGAAAAAUGGGGACGUUACAUUUCAUCUACAUGGCACGAGGACGCCGAUUGAGUCUGGUCUCAAUAUAAGUUUCCUACAAAAUUCCAACACCUCACCUCAUCUCCGGAAACCAUUCCCAAAUUAUAGAUCUCAGAGUUAGGAUAUCAAAGUCAAUUUAAUUAUCAAAUCCUAUUAACUUGGGUACCUACGUUGAUAUGGAUCAAUACGCAACAUAUCCGAGUCUGCGGGGCAAGACCGUCUUGAUUACCGGCGGGGCCGAAGGUAUCGGAGCAGCAUCGGUCGAGCUCUUCUCCCGUCAAGGAUCCAACGUCGUCUUCCUAGAUUACUCGGAGGCAUCAGCGCAAAAGCUUUUGGAUAAAAUCAAGGAUAUACCCAACGCUAGUCAACCUACAUUCAUGCACUGCGAUGUAACCGAUUUGGCCCGGCUCAAGGAAUGCGCCGAAGAGACAAUAGCGGAUUACGGCACAGUGGACGUGUUACUUAACAAUGCCGGCGCCGCAGGUGUUAGGUCGCGCGUUCCGACCGUCGGCGUAACACCAGAGUCCUUCGAUGAGGAUAUCAACGUCAAUCUACGUCAUCAAUUCUUCCUGACACAAGCCGUAGUCCCCGCGAUGCAAAAGAAAGGCUCUGGCAGUAUAAUCAAUAUGGGAUCUAUCCAAUGGCGCAUCCCCGCGACUGGAUCUCCCAUUUAUACCCUAUGCAAAGCGGCGAUUAUGGGCAUGACAAGGACGCACAGCAAGGAGUUUGGGAAAUAUGGGAUUCGGGUGAAUAGCGUCAUGCCUGGUGCUAUUGCAACGCAGAGGCAGAUUGACGAGGUUUUGACUGAUGAGUAUCGCGCUACUGUGAUGGCUGCGCAGAGUCUGCAGAGAGAUCUUGUGCCUGAUGAAAUCGCGCGGUUGAUAUUGUUCCUUGCUGCGGAUGAUUCUAGCGCUAUUACUGGUAGUAGCUAUGUAGCUGAUGGUGGGUGGGUUAGUGAUACAUAGAGCUCUAAGUUGCUCGGUGGUUUAUUUGUGCAUUGUUAAGUUGUGGUAGUUCUUUGUCUGCAUCUUAGAAUAUAUACGCAAUGUUCACGCCCUCUGCCCGUAGGCUUAUAAUUAUGACCUAACCGCUUCCUAGGUACUAGGAGGCCGAAGGACCGCAGAGUGUAAGGUUUCCAAAAAUUGACUGGGGUUAGCCCUGAAGGCCCUGAAAAUCUAGCGGUUGAUUGGGCAAGUAGUGCGCUACGAUCGGUAUGAGCUAGCCCCUAAGAUAAUCCCAUCUGGUCUGUUAACAAGACUGCGAAUUUCAAUC